CUAGUGCGCAUGCGCAGUUUAGUUUACGGUUGGAGUCGGGCAGAAAAUGGCGUCGGCGAACUUCUUGGAGGAAGCUCUGAGUACAGACGUCGACGACUCGGCUGUCAGUGCAAUUGUGGGGUCGUUGGAGAAUAACUCGGUCACCUCAGCUGUUUCUGCGUCCAGCGCCUCGGCGACAUUCACAGGAGGCAUUAAAAAUCAUGUGAACAGUGCAGUUUCCAACGGAGCCCCUGUUUCGUCUGAGAAACACAGUCCGAGUCCGGUAGCGGGAGCAGUGAACAAUAUCAUUUUGAAUGAUGCAAGCCAAACAAACACGAUACAGACCUCUAAUUUAGGUCAAAUUAAAGUUAUAGCGUCUGUUCCUGGGGAAGUGACAAGUAGGCCUACCUUUGUUAAUCAGGUUACUACUUCAAGCAUAGGCCUAACCCAAACUACUCUAGCAAAUUUGAGCAAAGGGCAGGAACCAGUGCGUAUUUUGGUCCCUACAUCAAGCCAGACUGCGGGUGGAAUGAACAUAAACAAUGCAAGACUGCCUCUUACAACUCAACAUGUUGGUGCUUUGCAGAAUGGGAGUGUUGCCUUGACGUCUCUUCCGUCACAGACUGUGGUGAACCCAACCACAACUGUUGUUUCGCAGAAUCAACUCUCCACUAGUGCCAAUGUGAUCAAGCAAAUUCCUCAAACUAUAGGCGUAAUUAAUGCUUUGGAUCCUACCAAAGCUGGCGCCUCAACUGUUGUUUUAAAAGCAAGUGGAAAUCAAUUGGCAACUACGGCAUCAAUCGCUUCGGCGGUUAUGCCUGUUCCUAUGUCAGUAAACAGCUCAGCACCAAUGACGGCUACUAGCAUCAAUAGUGUGGUGACUGGAUCAACAGUGACAACAAGUGGAACUUCAGUUAUGACUCUAUCAAAGCCACUCACCCAGUCAGUCACUGCGAUUGGAUCACAAGGCAAUCUUCUUUCGGGCAAUGUGCAAAUACUUAAUGUAAAUGCCUUACGGCAAACCACUCCUGGAAUGGUGCCUCCUAAGGGCCCACUGAGAGUCGUUAGUGGAACCCCAAUACGAGCAGCAGGUGGUGUUCAAGGGAUCACUCUUCAGGCAUUACAAUCUCUUCCCGGAACUCAGAAUCUGUUAAUCAAGACUGAAAAUGGGUUUCAAUUGGUCCGAGUGGGACCAGGGACAGGAACCGCAACUGCAACCGCCUUAGGCGCAGGAAGUCAUGGCAAUGCUACGCAAACCUUAAGGCUUCAAUCUUUCCCCGGAUUAAGUUCAGUUGCGCUAACAGCCUCUACAUCUGGCACAACAGCAACCGUAAAUAGUAUCACAACCCAAGUCCCUGUUCCGGCAUUGUCCACACCCACGACAGCAGCUACAGUAGUCACCUCUGCUGUUCCAGUUGCUGUAACUCAAGCAGCACCUCCAGCCCAGCCUCGUCCAGCUCAAGUUGACACUACGAAGGAAAAAUGCCGCAAGUUCUUGGCUAAUUUGUUAGAACUGUCGAGUCGUGAGCCCAAGUCUGUAGAACGCAACGUACGCUCUCUCAUUCAAGAAUUAGUUGACUGCAAGGUUGAGCCUGAGGAAUUUUGUGAAAGACUAGAAAGGCUGUUAAAUGCAUCGCCACAGCCUUGUUUAAUAGGGUUUCUCAAGAAAAGCCUUCCUUUAUUGAGGCAGGCCAUGGUUACAAAGGAACUUGUCAUUGAAGGCAUUCGUCCACCACCAGCUAAUGUGAUGUACAGCACUGUUACUUCAGCUGUUACCACUCCUGUUGUAUCUUGUCCUCCGCUACAGGCAACUCAGAUAAGACCAGCCGGUUUAACAACUCAAACUGUGAGAGUAGUCACUCCAGUAAAUGCUACCAAUGCUGCUUCUAUUGUUGGAGGUAUGCAAGGACCACGCCAUGUAACUGUACAACAUCGUCUAGUUACGCCCCUCCAAUUUGUGUCACCUGCAUUAGCUGGGAACAAAAUGUUUUCACAUUCGGUGAUGACAUCACAGGUGCCCAUCACAACGUCUGCGUCUGGCAUCGUCACUCAGCCAGUAGCGACAUCAGUGGUGACAUCACAACCUUCACCUGUGGCAUCACCAAUCCCUGCAUCUUCUAUCGCCACCGUUCCAGUGACGAUGUCUGCUCAAGUUUUAUGUAGACCUGGUACUCCAGGGACUCUUCAACUACAACCUCGUGCAAUAAUGCCCAUAAAGCAAGUAGCAGCCAUGAGGCCACAAACUCGACCUCUUUCUCCUGUCAUACGGACACCCACCCCAAUCAGAGUAACUACUCCUUUAAAUAAGGCAACAAUAGUAUCAAAAGCACCUCCCAAACUUACUGCUGCUCAACAACGGAUGCAAGCAAAGGGUAUGGUUACCAUAGGAACUGCUGGUAUUGCACCAGAUCUAGUGAACAGUGGAUCAGUGUCUACAGUGUUAACCAUGUCCACUGCAGCAGCUGCACAUUCUGUAAAUAGUUCAAUUGCUGCUCCAAUAGUAUCAUCAGUUACUUCCUUGGCUGGAGUAGGGGCAUCAGCAAUGGGUGUGACGCCUGUCGUUAGUGCACCAAUGUCAUCUGGCACUCCAACAACAGUCAUAUCAAGUCUUGCUACAACUGCAACUACAGUGUUUGCACCAGGUUCCCAAAUUUCUAGAACAAUCUCAAAAGAAAAAGAUAAGAAACCUGUAGGAGUUACUCCAGCCACUGCAGCAGCGGCUACAGCAGCAGCAGCUGCAGCCGCAGCGGCCUCUUCUUCCUACACUGGGGAUGAUGACAUAAAUGAUGUUGCGGCUAUGGGAGGAGUAAAUAUUAUAGAAGAAACGCAAAGAAUUCUAGGGUCUACGGAUUUUGUUGGAACUCAAAUUCGCUCUUGUAAGGAUGACAUAUUCUUACAUUCGCCUACCUUGCAACAGAAAAUAAGAAAUAUUGCAAUUGAGCAAGGCUUAGAUGAACCUACAGCCGAUGUUGCUGCCCUUAUCUCACAUGCAGCACAAGAAAGAUUAAAAAAUUUUGUGGAAAAACUUGCUGUUAUUGCUGAGCAUAGAAUGGACAUUAUAAAGCUUGACCCAAGAUAUGAGGUUUCUCAAGAUGUAAAGGGCCAAUUGAAGUUUUUGGAGGAAUUAGACAGAAUGGAACGCAAACGGAAUGAAGAAAAAGAACGAGAGCUCUUGCUGAGGGCAGCCAAAAGCAGGUCAAAAAGUGAAGAUCCAGAACAGGCAAAGCUUAAAGCCAAGGCCAAAGAGAUGCAAAGAGCAGAGAUGGAAGAAGUAAGGCAAAGGGAGGCAAAUAUGACAGCUCUGCAGGCCAUUGGGCCCAGAAAGAAACCACGUCUUGAUGGCUCUUUGAAUGACGGAUCUGUAACAACCCCUGGUAAUGGGGCAACCACCACAAGUAAUGGCACAGCUUCUGGUCGACCUCAGCUUCCUUCCCGCCCAAGAGUGAAGAGAGUUAAUAUAAGAGAUUUAGUAUUUUUACUUGAACAAGAGAAAGAAUCGUGUAGAUCAACAUUUUUAUACAAAGCUUAUUUGAAGUAAUGACGGAACUUUCAACUGUAAAUAUGCCAUACACCUCACCUCAUCUUUUGCCAGUUGUACUUUUAACCUUGCCUCGUGGUAUAUUUUGGUCAAUGAUGCAUACUUACUUCCAUGCAACUCGUGUCCUAGUCCACCAUAUUAAGUAUAAUAUGUUAGUAGGUUGCCAGAAAUAUUGUAUCUGGCAUGGUUGUGUCCACAUCUGUUUGAUUUUAUUAAAAUUUGGGACCAAUCACUUUUAAUGUCAUGUGAUAGCUGGCUCACAAGGUAGAGCUUAUUAUACCAAUAAAAAUAACUUGAAUUGUUUCAGAAGUCUUUCUUUACUUUCACUUAACAGUCAACUUGGACAUCAUUUGAUCGUUUAAAGUGUACUGACUAGUGAACAAAUCAAAUUCAAUGUAGUAUUUCCUUUUUCUAAAAUGUAGCUAAAUUCUUAAUUUCUCAAUGUUUGUGUUGUUCUGCCUGUUUUAAUUAGAUCUUUUUGUUGAUGCAAUUCGACACCGCCACACAAUUUAGUGCAAUAACUCCUUCCUUUUUUGGUUUUAGUUGUCACUUAAGUGCAUAUUGGGUCCUUAUGUGUUUUUUUUUUUUGAAAUUCUAUGUGUUUAGAACGUUUUUGGUUGUUUUAAAAACGGCUUCCUUUCUUUUUGACAAAAAUCAAUGUUUAAUUAAAUUUUUAGUAUUACUUGUUGGUAAAGCAGAGCUGAUGGCAAGUGACCACAUUUGUUAUCAAAUGUUCAUAAAGAAGUACUUCUGAUGCUGCUGUUGUAUUAUUAAUUAUUAUUUAUGAUCUUUGUCAUUCAUUGUUACUGAAGGAAGUUGUUGUUUGAAUUCUUCUUUUCUUGUGUGUUCUCCACAUUAGUAGAAUGAUGUCUGCUAGGUUGAUGUUGGCAAUGGAUUUCAUGAGACAUGUUGGCUGAUCUUUUCCCAAGAGUUUGUUUUCUUUUAAGAGUUUCUUACGUCCUUCAUUGAUAUGAAUGACAAGGAAACUGAUAAAAGCAAAGCAAUAACUUAGGAAUGUCCCAUGUAUCAUUUUCUAUCUGUUUCAAUUUCUGUUUGAAAAGCAAGAAAAAUAUGCUUCAAAAUAUGACCUCCUUUCCUCUUCUCGUUUUUUUCCUUUUUGAUCUGUUGGUGGCAUGAGUGUCUUGUCUUCUCAUUACCUUGGAAUAUACUAGUCUGCGUACUCGUGGUCACCAACAUAUACGUAGGCAACAUUCAUGUUGUUUCAGGACUUGUUGUUUAAAUAGAUUGUCACUAUUAGUUUGUUUCAUUUUGUAUAUAAGAGAUUAUAAAUUAUACUGUGAAGGAAUAACAGUCCUGAUUUUUGUAAAUACUUGUAUAUGUUUUCCUACUUAAGACAAAUAUGGUUUGUUGUGUUGUUUUAAAGUCAUCUUUUCGUAUUCACUUUUUAAAAGAACAUAACUGCAAUAGUUGACUCAAUUGCACUCGUUCACACCCUAGCUGACACUUGUACAAUGUACAGGUAUGAAUGCCUCUAUUGUGGAAAUGCACAGUGCACACAUCUGGUAUAGUUAACUUAGUAACUGAGAUUAGUGUUCAUGUUCUUUUGCUAAUAGUGUCCACUUUUCAUCAAUUUAAAGCUUCCAAUUUGUUUUCCUGUUUUAUGUGCUCUUAAACAGAGGAACUAUGUUUUAUAUGUUAUUCAUUCAUAUUCAUUCAUUCAUUCAUUCAUUCACCAUUUCAUUCAUUUAAGCAUUUUCGCUUUGUACACUUUAGGAGAAAUACUGGCUGUACAUAUUUUGGUAUAGGCUUGACUUUUGCCUGUUUUAACUCAAAUUAGUAUUGAACUCUUCUCUUUGUACAUUGUUCUUUCUUCCUGGAAUUGUUAUUAUAGCUGGGUUUACGUGUUUGUAAAGUGGAGUAUGAGACUGUUCUGUUUGUAUGAUGUCUGGAGUGCUUUCUUCUUCCCUGUUUCUAUGUUUCCUCUCUCGCCCUUUGAUUUUUUUUUCUUCCUUUUUUUUCACUAAAAAGUUAACGUUAUCACUGUUCAGGAAAAAAGCCCAAUCAAAUUAAAAGUAAUGUACAGUCAGGGAAGACUGAUAGUCCUGCCUCAAGUAACUGUUAUUUUGUCUUGUCAAGGUGUAUAUGUUUGUUUUUAUUGUAAUGUUGGUUGUCCCUCUUGUUUUUUGAUAAUACUUCUAUACCUGGAUAUGAAUGCACAAACAGACGCCUAGAGUUAUGUAUGUCUUAUUACAUAGUGUGGCCCUAUGGACUUGUGCCUAAGACUUUGUUGUGAGUUGAACUGUAAUUUUAGUUCUGGGCUGGCAAUUUAUAGAAAUGAAUCUGAUCAGUUCUUAACAUGUGUAGAUCCCUAGAUUCACAAAAUUUCGGCACAUGUCCAUAUACUCACAGAGAGGGCAAACGUUCACUGCAAAUUCUGGACCCAUGCCGUGUCAUGUAUGUGUGCUGUAUGUUGUCAUGAUUUCAUUCGUGCGAUUUGUAACUUAAUGUACCUACUAUGUAGGUUGAUUUGGAUGGGCCCCAUUGGGUGUAACCUUGUGAGGUGUUACUUGCUAUAGAUCAAUAUUUUUGACACUGCCUUGUUUAAUAAAACUAGAAAAUGUUUGUUAAAAUUUCUUCAUAACUAACUCCAACUUUUUUCAAAAGAAAAAAAGUACAUAUUGACUUUACCUUAGAACUUAUCUCAUUUUUUGGACUGUUGUUUUUGUAAUUUUGGACUUCAUGUUAAGUGGAAUAUGUUAUCAUGUGGUAUCUUGGUGAAUGCGAAUGAAGAAGCAUGCGGAAUACUGGUCAUAUGCAUACAUACUGAUGUGAACAUAUAUAUAUUUUUUUUACUUUUUUAUUUUUGUUGACAACCGUUGAUGUGAAAGGUAUGGUAUCUGUGAUGUUUACCUCCUGUGCCCACUUUAUGCAAGAAAAUAUAUUUAUAUAUUUAAGGCUGUGCCAAAUUCUACUGAAAAAUUGAAAAUUAAAGAGUAGACCAGGUGCCAGUUAACAAAUG